GGCAAAGAAGAGGAAAUAACUUUCAAAAACUUAGUAAAAAAAUACGUUCCUAAUUUUAUAUAGCAGACGUGGCUAAAUUAUCUGCAGAAUCCAGAGCCUUAAUACCGUUUAACUAAUGUGCUUACCACAGAUUUGAUAUGUCGCUGGGACCUCUCUGCAAAUCCGAUCUGGUGACCAAGCACACGAAUAACACCAAAAACUACUUAAUCAAAACUAAACAAGCACAAAACCUCUUGCAAGAUAUCCUUACUCAUACCAAAAACAUUCUCAACUAAACAAAGAGCACCGCCAACAACUGAAAUUACAAAACUGUACUAACCCUCUUCAACUGAAAUGCAAAUUAAUUCAAAGCAGCUAAAAUUUGGUACAAAAAAUUAAAACAAGAGUGAAGAUGACAGAGGCAUUCUGUCCAGACUGUAAGAAACCAACUGAAGUAGUUUUGGACCAUGCUGCAGGAGACACAGUGUGUGUGGAAUGUGGGCUUGUGUUGGAAGCUCACUCUAUUGAUGAGACUUCUGAAUGGAGAACUUUUGCAAAUGAAUCAGGAGACAACGACCCUGUUCGUGUUGGGGGCCCCUCAAAUCCUCUUUUGAAUGACGGAGGUCUGUCCACUGUAAUUUCAAAGCCCAAUGGCAGCAGUGGGGAUUUGCUCACUUCCACAUUGGGACGCUGGCAGAACCGUGGUUCGAACCCGGACCGCUCUCUUAUCAUGGCAUUUAGAACAAUUGCUACCAUGGCAGAGAGGCUGGGUCUCGUUGCAACUAUCAAGGAUCGAGCAAAUGAGAUUUAUAAGAAGGUUGAAGAUCUGAAAUCUAUCAGGGGAAGAAAUCAAGAUGCCAUCUUGGCUGCUUGCCUCUAUAUAGCUUGUAGGCAAGAGGAUAAACCUCGCACUGUGAAAGAAAUUUGCUCAGUUGCUAAUGGGGCCUCCAAAAAGGAAAUUGGUCGAGCAAAGGAAUUUAUUGUGAAACAACUAGAAGAGGAGAUGGGAAAAUCCAUGGAGAUGGGAACAAUUCAUGCUGGAGAUUUUCUAAGACGGUUUUGUUCACAUCUGAACAUGAACAACCAGGCUGUGAAAGCUGCUACAGAGGCAGUUAAGAGGUCAGAAGAGCUUGAUGUCAGGAGGAGCCCCAUAUCAAUUGCUGCAGCUGCAAUCUACAUAAUAUCACAGCUGUCAGAUGAUAAAAAACUACUUAGAGUUUGUCAUGGAUUCAGAUAUUUCACGAGCAACAGGAGUGGCUGAAGGUACAAUCCGAAAUUCCUACAAGGAUUUAUAUCCUCAUGCAGCAAAGUUGAUUCCAGACUGGUUUGCAAAGGAAGAAGAAUUGAAGAAUUUAUGUGCUCCAUAACUUCUUACUACAAUUUUAAGUAAUCACAAGACAGGUGGCUUCUACUCAAAACAAUCAAACACGUAGAGCUUUAGCUUAUAAGUAAUAGCAUAUGUAGAGAAUCAGCAGGGUCUGCAACCACUUUGUUCAAUAAGCGUGUCUCUCAAAUCAUGGGAUCUGCAGUGAAAGUAUAUAUCUUCUUUGUGAUCAAUAAGUGUUUCACUCAAAUCAUGUUUCUCAAUACAUCGAUUGUUUAUAUGUUCUUUGAUUAUAGUGGAGGAUUCUUUCAAUUUUUUCCUGUAAAUAAAUUCAUUUUACUAAAUAAUUACAUUGCCACAAAGGGCAUACGACAGUUUACAAUCAUUUUUUCAAAAUGCUUUCAUUACCCAACAAAGUGAUACACAGAAAAUUUAACUGCUUUUCACCAGUAACUUGGUACACCAUAUGUAUUGUCCCUCAUGUUUGGACUAUCAAUUAGCUAGUUAAAUUAAUAGUAGAAAUGAUUCUUGAUUCUUCCACAGUCCAUGA